CCAUCACACGAAUGUCAACAAUUGAAAGGACGCCGUGUAAACCUUAAAUAUUUGUUAGAGUUUAGGUGUUAAUUCCGUAUUUAUCUAAUUAUUCAAGUGAAAAGUAAGAGUUCCGUGCUUAUUGAUAGUCACCGCAAUGGCAAGCCUAGGCCCCAAGAAGGAUGGAGGGCCUAACGUGGAAUUCUUCCAAGCACCGGAGUCGUUAGCACAAUUUGAUCAGAUUCGUGUUUGGCUACAAAAAAAUUGCAAAAAGCAUGUACAAACAGAUCCACCAACUAAAGAGGGUCUGGCCCAAUUGGUUAUUCAGCUUAUCCAGUAUCAGGAAAACAAGUUGGGGAAAAAUGCUUCAGAUCCACCAUUCUUGAGGCUUCCGAUGAAAGUGUUUAUGGACAUGAAGCCGGGCGGUUCGCUGUGCACGGUCCUAGCCACCAUGUUCCGCUUCAAGUCGGAGCAGCGGUGGCGCAAGUUCGACUUCCAGGUCGGUAAGAACCCAUCCCGUAAGGAUCUGAAUGUGCAGAUGAUGAUGGAAAUAGAAAGCGCCCUGAUGAGUGCAGAAGUGAUACGAUCACCUUGUGUGUACAUACGUCCUGAUGUAGACAAAGCUACUGCUAAUAAAGUAAAGGAUAUUGUUAGUAAUCACCAAGGAGAGAUUUGUGAAGACGAAGAAGACGCUACUCAUAUAAUAUACCCGACCGUAGACCCCCUGGAGGAGGAGUACGCUCGGCCGGUGUUCAGACGUGGUAAUGGUGCGCUGGUGCACUGGUACUACUUACCUGACAGUCACGAUAUAUGGACACAGACGGAGCUGCCGGUGGAUGUACCGGAGACUGUGAGCUGGGAGUGCACACGCAGCGAGCCUUGGCGUGUGUCUGCGAGCUGGGCGCUAGACCUGCCGCAGUACAACGAGUGGAUGAACGAGGAGGACUACGAAGUUGAUGCCAACGGCAAGAAGAAGGUUCACAAAUUGAGGCUAUCAGUGGAUGAUUUGAUACCUGGCGCGGAGCCGUCCAGCAAAGGGAAGAAGAGUAAGAGGAAGCGAUCUCCCUCCCCUCCCCCGCAGAAACAUGGCAAGAGAAAGAGCCGCAUCUCCAAACGUCGUGAUAAUGAAGGCGAAGACGAAGAUGAUACUGCGUCACGUGACAACACUGAUACUGCGCCUACACCGGAGGCCGAGCGUCCGCUGACAGUCAGUAUUUCAAGUGUUAACAGUUAUGCACACGCUAUUGAUCUACCAGUCAAGGCCGCGCCGCCACCGGAGCCCCCGGCCGCGACCGAAGCACCCGCCACACCAGCACCCGCCAUGGACGUGCACGACGACUCUCAGGGCAAGCACAGCGACUCCAACACACAGGAGAUGCUGAGUAAAGAAGAAUUGGAAGAUAAUGUAACGGAUCAGACUCACCAUAUAGUAGUGCCGUCUUACUCCGCCUGGUUUGACUACAACUCCAUACAUACAAUAGAGAAGCGCGCUCUACCUGAAUUCUUCAAUGGCAAGAACAAAUCUAAGACCCCGGAGAUAUAUCUCGCUUACAGGAACUUCAUGAUUGACACAUACCGACUGAACCCGACGGAGUAUCUGACGAGUACUGCUUGUCGGCGCAACCUGGCUGGUGAUGUCUGCGCCAUCAUGCGAGUACAUGGCUUCCUGGAGCAGUGGGGACUCCUCAACUAUCAGUUGGAGGCGGAAUCCCGACCGACAGCGAUGGGCCCGCCCCCCACCUCACACUUCCAUGUGCUGUCCGACACCCCCUCCGGUCUGCAGCCGCUACAGGCAAGACCCACACAGCCCAGACCUGCGGAGAACGCGGCAGUGCCUAAGGUGGAGGCGGGCUUGCCUAAUGGUGCGGAUGGUGGCGCGCCAGCAGCACCCGCUGCUCCAGCCGCUGCAGCACCCAUCAAACAGGAGCCCGCACUGGACCUCGGCAAUGUACCAGGUCUCAAGCUAGACCAGUAUCGCGGUGGUUCCCGCGGCCGAGAAUGGACGGAGCAGGAGACGCUGUUGCUGCUCGAAGCACUGGAGCUGCAUCGCGACGACUGGAACAGGGUCGCGGCACAUGUCGGCACGCGCACGCAUGAUGAGUGUAUACUGCACUUCCUCAGACUGCCUAUAGAGGAGCCUUAUCUGCAGGAUGCAGCAUCCGGCGGUGUGCUCGGCCCGCUGGCAUACCAGCCGAUACCGUUCAGCAAAGUUGGUAAUCCAGUGAUGAGUGCGGUGGCAUUCCUCGCCUCCGUUGUUGACCCUCGCAUCGCCUCAAAAGCCACACGCGCCGCCAUGGACGAGUUCGCAGCUAUCAAGGACGAGGUGCCGGCGGCCAUGAUGGAGGCGCACGUGAAGGCGGCCGGAGCUCAUGGACCUGCUGCAGCACUCGCAGCCACAGGCAUCGCCGGCACCGCACCUGAUGUCAAACCUCCAGGUGAGAAGAAAGAAGAAUCCUCUGAGGUGAAGACUGAGCCUAUGGAGGUAGAGGAAGGAGAAGUGAAGGUGAAAGAGGAGGCAGCCGACGCACAGCCUGCUGAUGACACCAAGGACACUAAGGAAACCGCUUCUCCCUCGCCUGCAGAGUCAGGAGGCGGUGGUGCUCCAGCUGCUGCUGGUCAGGUGGAGGCUGGUGUGGCUGCAGCAGCUGCAGCUGCGCUGGCUUCCGCCGCGGUCAAGGCAAAGCAUCUCGCUGGAGUCGAGGAGCGCAAGAUUAAAUCACUCGUCGCACUUCUCGUUGAAACGCAGAUGAAGAAGCUGGAGAUUAAACUUCGGCAUUUUGAAGAGUUGGAGGCUACUAUGGAAAGGGAGAGAGAAGGUCUGGAGUACCAGCGGCAGCAGUUGAUCCAGGAGCGGCAGCAGUUCCAUCUGGAGCAGCUGAAGGCGGCUGAGUUCCGCGCACGUCAUCAGGCACACCAGAGGUUACAAGCUGAGAGUGGUGUGCUGGGUGGUGUGGUGCAGGCCACUCCUGAACAACCGCCACCUGCAGAUGUGCCUGCGCAGCCUCUCGCACCCCCACAUCAUGCAUAGACACAUACAUUUACAUACUGUACGUUU